GAUAAUGUCAGAGUUUAGAGCAGAUAUGGGAGCUUAUCGUUAUAAUCCAUCGGAUCCAACCAGAAGUUAUGCGCUUUUUGACGUUUGCCUGUCCGCUCCUACAAACGGUCCGGGCGGAAACAGUUUCCUGUCGGGUCUGAUCGACGGUUGAAACAUGCAUUCAUCCCAUCCCCUUGAGCUGUUCCCCGGGAGGACGGUGACGCUGAUGCUCUUCAAAUGCGUCCGGAACCCCGCAGAGCUGAGGAGAAGCGCCAUGGGGGGCCAGAUCACCGCCGCCCUGAUUAACCCCAGGAUGCUGGUGGACCCUUUCCAAGUGAUUGUAGCUGCGAACAAGGCAGUUCAUCUGCAGACUAUUGGGAAGAUGAAGACGAGGAGCCUGAACUCUGAGAUCAUCUUCAACCUGUCGCCCACGAAUAAUAUCUCGGAGGCCUUCAAGAGGUUCGGCAUCUCGGACGCAGAUGACUCUGUGCUGGUGGUGCUGGUCGCUACAGGCGACGAGAGCCAGACGUUGGCGGACAUCAAGGAGAAGGUGGACGGAGAGCAGGUCCCCAUGGAGGAGCUUCCAACGCUGUCGGAUGUCACGCAGAUCAGGAAGCUGUACAAAGUGACGCCACAGGAAGAGAAGAUGGGAGGUCUGCUAGACUCUGUCGUCUGCAAGAUGGCCACCAAGGACGUGAUGUAGCGGCUCUCGGGGGGACCGGUCCCUCUUGGAGGCUCUAGGUCAUGUUUUGGACCAUAUACCUGUGGGGGUAUUCGUAGUCGGAGGGAGGGGGGCUUCGGUGGAGAGGCUUUUGAUCAAAUGAUUGGCUGGCAACGGAAUCGGAAUCAAGCCGUAAUUGUUCUUGAAAGAAACGGUAACACUUUGUUCCAAGAAAAUACUCAGGGUGUUGUCAAUUUGUGACAGGAUUUCAUUUAUUCAGUCGGUAAGGGUUCAUAUUUUGUGGGGAUCCACCAGUGAUCGUCAAUUGUACGAAAAUCCCCUACUUUACUCCGAAUUUGUAAGCAUUGAUUACAAACCUAUAAAAAUAUCAAAGUUAUGGAUUUAAAAAUAAAGAUUGACUUAUUUUUUAUA